GAAAACAAUGAUCUGCCUGAUGAUCCUAUAGUUUCACAUGAGGGUAUUACAAGAACAUAUUACUUUUGACUAUAUGUAAUGGUAUAUUACAAAUUUAUUUCUCAUGUUGAUCAUUAUGUUGUUGGUUUAUUCUGAAUUAGGAUAUUUUGACAUUGGGGAUCCAACAUGGGAGUGUGAAUUUUGUAAUGCUUUAAUGUGGUAUUAUGAGAGGAUGGGCAAAGGAUACAAAGCAAAAAACCCGAAGUUCUCAUUAUGUUGCAUGCAAAGAAAAAUAAAGAUCCCUCAUCUCAUGCCUCCACCGCAGCCUCUGAGUGAUUUAUUCCAUAAGAAGGAUGCACGUAGUAAAUAUUUCUUACAAAAUAUUCGAUCCUUCAAUAUGAUGUUCUCAUUCACGUCUCUUGGUGGAAGAAUUGAAGUGUCUCAGAAUGAUGGCAACGGUCCUCCCAUGUAUAUCUUGAAUGGUGAGAACUAUCAUAGAAUCGGAAGUUUGCUC